AUGACCUUCCACUCCAACAUACCAUACAUCCACUAUGCAUGCUCAUCCAUUGCAUCAUUGGCAACUCAUACAACACACUGUCUCCCAUGUCGUCUUCACUUGCUCGUCUUUGCCUUCGCCGUCGUCGCUGUCUCAUCUUCGCUCUCUCGUCGUGUCUUUGCUCUUUCGUCUUCGUCGUCUUCGUCGUCUUCGCUUGCUACUCUAUGCUAUACUCUCUUCUUUGCUUGGUUCUCUCAUGUUGUCUUUGCUUAUUUGUCUUUGCUUAUUUGUCUUUGCUUAUUUGUCUUUGCUUAUUUGUCUUUGCUUAUUUGUCUUUGCUUAUUUGUCUUUGCUUAUUUGUCUUUGCUUAUUUGUCUUUGCUUAUUUGUCUUUGCUUAUUUGUCUUUGCUUAUUUGUCUUUGCUCUCUUGUCUUUGCUCUCUUGUCUUUGCUCUCUUGUCUUUGCUCUCUCGUGUUCGUCUUCAACAUGUUCGUCUUCAACUUCUUCAACUUCUUCAACGUCUUCGUCUUCAACGUCUUUGCUUGCUCGUCUUCGUCUGUGUCCUAUUCGUCUUGGUCUCCACCAUCUUCGCCUUCAACGUCUUCGUCUUCGUCUUCAACGCCUUCAACGUCUUUGCUUGCUCGUCUGUGUCUGUGUCCUCUUCGUCUUGGUCUCCACCAUCUUCGUCUUCAACGCCUUCGUCUUCAACGUCUUUGCUUGCUCGUCUUCGUCUGUGUCCUAUUCGUCUUGGUCUCCACCAUCUUCGCCUUCAACGUCUUCGUCUUCGUCUUCAACGCCUUCAACGUCUUUGCUUGCUCGUCUGUGUCUGUGUCCUCUUCGUCUUGGUCUCCACCAUCUUCGUCUUCAACGCCUUCGUCUUCAACGUCUUUGCUUGCUCGUCUGUGUCUGUGUCCUCUUCGUCUUCGUUUUGUCUUCUUUGUUUCUCUCAUCUUUGCUUACUCGCUUUUGCUUUAUCGUCUUCGUCUUUGCUCACUCGUCUUUGCUUGGUCUCUGUUCUGUCUCUGCUCUCUCUCAUUUUCUGUUCUCUUGUCUCUGCUUGCUUGUCUCUGCUCACUUGUCCCUACCCCCUACCCCCUCACCCCCUCCACUCUCUCUCAACUUCCCACGCGACGGGAAACGGUCUCAUCAACCAGGGUCUCCGCCGUGAGAGCUUCUCAAGGAGGCUGCUCAAGUAAGAGGCGAUUCGACAUUGGCGCCCACUCUGAUAGGAGACCCGAGGCCGUUUGCCCUUGUGGUUCAAACUUGUUACUUCAUCGCCUUCGACCAUUUUCCACACCUCGACCAACUGCAACACCCUCUUGGACACUUCACCUUGUUCAAGCUUCUACCUUGCCCACUUGCCCAUUUGCCCGAACUUCCUCUUCCCUUGCCCUGCAUUAUUUUGUAUUUGUGAGAGAGCCAGAGACAGACAGAGAUUUGUAG